CACUGCCAAGAAAAAAAAAAAUCACGAAACAGGUCGUUCGGUUCAACUUUUGCCAUUUUCUAGUGGUGAUCAGAGCAGCUGCAUAGUUGAAGCUCAUGGGUUCCAGGGCAGCGCGUGAAGCCUCCUCAAUGCAAUGGAAAUACCACAUAUUCUUGAGCUUCAGAGGUGAAGACACUCGCAAGGGCUUCACGUCCCACCUUCACAAGGCAUUAGAAAGCAGGGGAUACGAUGUUUUUAUGGACGAGGACGAUCUACAAGUAGGGCAAGUUAUAAAACCAGAACUGUUGCAGGCAAUCGAAAAGUCCAAGAUCUCUGUAAUUGUCUUCUCAACGAGGUAUGCAGAUUCCAGUUGGUGUCUAGAUGAGCUGGUGAAGAUCAUGGAGUGUAGAAGAACACUGAAUCAAAUCGUUUUCCCAAUAUUCUACAAGGUGGAUCCUUCAGACGUCAGGAAACAGACUGGUACUUUGGCAUCUGAUUUUCAGAAACAUACCAUCCGACAUAAAGAUGAGGUGGUAAAGGAGUGGAGAAAGGCUCUUACUGAAGCUGCGGAUUUGUGUGCCGGGGUUCUCGAAGACAGGAAUGAAGCAAAGUUUAUCGAGGCAUUCAUUGAGAAUAAUAUUGUCGGACGGCUGUCCACAACUCCCCUACCAGUAGCCGCUUACCCGGUUGGAGUCGACUCUCGUGCACAUGAUAUGGUCAGUUAUAUUUUAGGUGGUGGAUCACAAGAUGUUGUCGUGAUUGGAAUUUGGGGGAUGGCCGGACUGGGCAAAACAACAGCUGCGAAGGCCAUUUAUAAUCAAAUUAAGGAUAAAUUCGAAGCUCAUGGUUUCCUUGGAGACAUUAGGGACACUGCAAAUAGACAUGGUCUUAUUUAUUUGCAAAAGCUACUUCUUGCUGAAAUCAACAAGAAACCGACCAAAUUUCACGUAAGUUGUGUUGAUGGAGGGAUGGGUAUGAUAAAAAAAGAACUUGGACGUAAAAGGGUACUUGUAAUUAUCGACGAUGUAGAUGAAAAGGAGCAACUCGAAGCGAUAGUUGGAAAUCGUGAUUGGUUUGGCUCUGGAAGUAGAAUUAUAAUAACUACUAGAGAUAAACAUUUUCUAGACGUACUUCAUGUGAAUAAAACUUUCACGGUUCCAGAAAUGAAUCCAGAUGAAGGUCUUGAGCUCUUUUGUCGGCACGCCUUUCAAAAAGGUUGUCCUAAUAAACGAUAUCUUGAACUCUCGAAAAAGGUAGUUUUUUAUAGUGGAGGUUUGCCGCUGGCACUUAUAGUUUUAGGCUCUUUCUUGAUUGGAAGAACCAUAGCAGAGUGGGAAAGCCAAUUGCAGGAAUUGGAAAGAAUCCCUCCUAAAGAUAUUCUUAAAAAACUGAGAAUAAGCUAUGACGGUCUAGAUCGUGACGAGAAGUGUAUAUUCCUUGAUAUAUCUUGUUUCUUCAUUGGAAUGAACAAAGACCAUGUCAGAAAAAUAUUAGAUGGAUGUGGCUUUAAAGCAGAAAUAAAAAUCAGUGUCCUCCUUCAGAAGUGCCUUGUAACUGUUAAUGAAGAGAACCAGCUAACGAUGCAUGAUCUACUUCGAGACAUGGGCAGAGCAAUCUGUCAAGAAGACCGGAGUAGAUUGUGGCUCAGCCCUGAAGAUUUGACAGAUGUAUUGGAAGACAAAUCUGAAACAAAAAAAGUUGAAAGACUUGCUCUAAAUCUGCGAAGCUCGGAAAAGGCUAGUUUCGGUACUGAAGCAUUUAGCGAAAUGAGAAAACUGAGAUUGCUCCAGCUCAACUAUGCAGAGCUCACCGGAGAGUACAAAUUUCUUUCCAAAAAUUUAAGAUGGUUGUGCUGGCAUGGAUUCCUUCUAGAUUCGAUACCAGGCGACUUUGAUCUAACAAGCCUAAUUGCUAUGGACCUGCAGUUUAGCAAACUCAAAAUAGUUUGGAAGGAUUGCAAGGUGCUUGAGAAGUUGACAAUCAUUAAUCUGAGUCAUUCUCAUGAUCUAACAACAUCACCAGACUUUUCAAAAGUCCCAAAUCUCGAGGAGUUGAUAUUGGAAUGUACGAGUUUGUCUGAUGUCCAUGAAUCCAUUGGUGAUCUCAAAAGACUUGCUUUGGUAAAUCUUGAACACUGCAAAAUGCUUAAAGAUCUCCCACUGAAUUUAUAUAGAUCCAAGUCUAUUGAAACUCUUCUACUUAAUGGUUGUUCAAGAUUUGAAAACUUGGCUGAGGGCUUAGGGGACAUGGUAUCAUUGAGGACUCUGGAAGCAGACGAUACAGCUGUGACAAAAAUACCAUCUUCCAUAGUAAAAUUGAAGAACCUGAGAUCUUUAGCUCUAUGUGGUUUGGCACGGUUAACUGGCUUUUUGCCCCAUUCUUACCUGAGAUCAACUGGUUUUUUGCCCCCUUUGUUAGAUGGCUUAAACUCUUUAAGAAAAUUAGCUCUUGCAGACUGCAAUUUAACUGACGAUGAACUCCCUAAGGAUCUCGGGAGCCUAAGUUCGUUAGAAUAUUUAGAUUGUGGACAAAAUUCUUUUUGUAGACUGCCAAGCCUAAGUGGUCUUUCAAAGCUGGAAUAUUUGUGUUUAAAUGACUGUAGACAACUUCGUGCAAUCCCAAAAUUACCGACAAAUCUGAAAGUUCUGAGAGGGUUUGGCUGCACAGCAUUGGAAACCAUGCCAGAUUUUUCAGAAAUGUCAAGUAUAAGAGAACUGUAUUUAUCUGAUUCGGACAAACUCACUGAGAUUCCUGGCCUGGAUAAGUCAUUAAACUCCGUGACAAGGAUUCAUAUGGAAGGCUGCACCAAUCUCACCACCAAUUUCAGAAAGAAAAUCCUACAGGGAUGGACUUCUUGCGGAUUUGGAGGCAUUUAUCUUGAAGGAGGAAUUUACGAUUUUCCUAAGUGGUUCAAGUUGGUCGGUAAUGAGUACAAUGAAGUGGAUUUUGAAGUGCCCCAAUUUUUCAGUUGUGAUUUAAAAGGGUUAACGUUGUGUUGCGUUUACUCUUCAGACAACCCAAAACCAAAAGAUGGUCUUGGCAUUAUGGUUAGAAAUGUAACGCAGGGAACUACUUUGCACACCUGGCCAGCAAUUGCCUCGGUAAAAACAGACAGUAAACCUGAAGAUUAUUAUCUUUGGCAGGGACAACUAUCGAACGAUAGGCUCAGUUUGCAAGGUGGGGAUAAAGUCUUGCUCUCUGUAUUUGCUACAGUUGAUUUUGUGAGAGUGAAGAAAGCAGGGGUCAAUCUAAAAUGGGACAAAGUUAUGAAGGAAAAUAUGCAUGAUUCGGAUCCUCAUCUAUAUGAUUUGUCGAGAGCUCCAGAUGAGGCAGGACCAAGCCAAGGCGAACCAUUAAGAGAAUUUGUUCCUGCUUGCAGUUUUACUGAUACUGCAAUCUACAACGAUCUUGGGAGUUUAAUUUCUUUAGAAUACUUAGAUCUUCGAAAAAAUAAUGUUCUUAGCCUUCCCUGCCUCAGUGGUUUGGUAAAACUUGAGUGGUUAUGUUUAAAUCACUGUAGAAAUCUUAGUGCAAUCCCAGAUUUACCAACAAAUUUGAAAGUUCUGGAAGCAGCUGGCUGCAUUGGAUUGGAAACAAUGCCAGAUGUUUCAAAAACGUUGAACAUGAGAGAAUUGUAUCUAUGUGAUUCAUUCAAACUCACUGAGAUUAUAGGCUUGGAUAAGUCAUUAAACUCCAUCACAAGGAUUCAUAUGGAAGGCUGCACCAGUCUCACUGCCCAAUUUAGGAACAACAUCAUGCAGGGAUGGACUUCUUGCGGAUAUGGUGGCAUUUUUCUUAAUGGAAAUGAUAUUCCUGAUUGGUUCGACUUUGUCAAUGAGAAUAACUUUGUGGAUUUCACUGUGCCUUCAAGUGCUCGUCGUAGUUUUACAGGGUUAACUCUGUCCUUUGUUUACUCUUUAGACUUCGAACUCAAAGCUCCAAUUACCAUUAACAUUACAAAUUUUAGCCAGGGUACUGAUUUUGACGCCUUGAUGACACAUGCCUCGCUACACUAUCUCUGGAAACCUGAAGAGCAUUAUCUUUGGCAGGGACAAUUAUCAAAUGACGUGCUCCAAUUGCAAGAAAUGGACACAGUCCAGAUUCGCAUAGUACCUCAUGAUGAUUCUGCCAAGGUGAAGAAAACCGGGGUUAGUCUAGUAUGGGAUAAACUUAUGAAAGAAAAUAUGAUUGAUUACAAUAUUUGUGGGUAUAGACAUCACCCAUCUCAAAAUCUGGUCAAUGAUUAUGAGGCUUACUCAGUUGGAAUUACUUCUCGGCUGGAGGUUUUGAGUAAUCACUUAAAUUUUGAAACUUCAGGUUCUAAGGAUGUUGUUCGCAUGAUUGGUAUUUUGGGGAUGGGCGGCAUUGGGAAAACAACGCUUGCCAAAGCCAUUUAUAACAAAUUUGAAGGUAGGAGUUUCCUUGCAAACGUGAGGGAAGUAAUUGCAAACCAACCCAUUACUGGUCUGGUGGGUUUGCAAAAACAACUUCUAAAUGAUAUCUUCAAAAGCAAGGGCCACAUAAAGUUUGACUCUGUUGCUAAAGGGAUCGAGAUGAUAAGAGAAAGACUUCCCUGUAAAAGAGCACUCGUCAUAAUUGACGAUGCAGAUGAUCUACAGCAACUAAAAGCAAUAGCUAGAGCUCGUGAUUGUUUUGGUCCUGGAAGUAGAAUUGUUAUAACAACAAGAAAUCAACAUUUGCUAGAGCAAAUUGGAGUGGAUAGCAUAUAUAUGGCUCAAGAAAUGGAUGAAAAAGAAGCUCUAGAGCUCUUUGGUUGGCAUGCCUUUGAAAGUGGUUAUCCUAAUCAAGAAUAUCUUGACCUCUCAAAACGUGUAAUUCGUUACUGUCAAGGCUUGCCUCUAGCACUUGAAGUUGUGGGGUCUUUUCUGAAUAAAAGACCCAUAGCGGAGUGGGAAAGCCAUUCGGAGAAAUUGGAAAGAAGUCCUGAUGAAGAUAUUCAAAAAAUACUCAGAAUAAGCUAUGACGGGCUACCUGAUCCUAAAAAGAGAGAGAUAUUCCUUGAUAUAUCUUGUUUCUUUAUAGGAAUGGACAAGGAAUAUGUAACACAAAUAUUAGAUGGAUGUGGCUUUGAUGCAACGACAGGAAUCAAUGUCCUCAUCGAACGGUGCCUUGUAACUAUUAGUGAGCAAAACAAGUUGAUGAUGCAUGAUUUGCUUCGAGACAUGGGAAGAGAGAUCGUUUAUGAAAAUGCCCACGGUGACCCUGAAAAAUUUAGUAGAUUGUGGAAACGUGAAGACAUAAUAGAUGUAUUGAGCUAUGAAUCUGGAACUGAAGAAAUUGAAGGAGUUGCUCUAGAUUCUGAUCUAGAUUCGGAUCUAGAUUUGACUAGAUUCAGUGCACAAGCAUUUGCCAACAUGAAAAAACUGAGGUUACUCCACCUCAGCGGAGUAGAGCUCACUGGAGAGUACAAAGAUUUUCCCAAAAAGCUAAUAUGGUUGUACUGGCAUUAUUUUCCUUUAGAGUCCAUACCAGAUGACUUUCCUACGCAACCAAAACUAGUUGCUUUAGACCUGCGGCAUAGCAAACUCAAAAUAGUUUGGAAGGAUUGCAAGUUGCAUGAGAAUUUGAAAUUCCUUAAUCUCAGUUAUUCCUCUAAGCUAACAAAAUCACCAGAAUUUUCAAAACUCCCAAAUCUCGAGGAAUUGAUAUUGGAAGGCUGUGUGAGUUUGUCGGAGGUUUACUCAUCCAUCGGGGAUCUUCAAAGACUUUCUUUGGUAAAUCUUGAAGGCUGCAUAAGGCUAAGGGAUCUCCCACUGAAUUUCUAUAAAUCCAAGUCUGUUGAAACUCUUCUACUGAAUGAUUGUUUAAGUUUUGAAAAGUUGGCUGAGGGCUUAGGGGACAUGGUAUCAUUGACAACUCUGGAAGCGAAUAAGACAGCCAUAAGACAAAUACCAUCUUCCAUAUUAAAAUUGAAGAAACUGAAAGUUUUAUCUUUAUGUUAUGUGGAAGGGUCGCCAUCAACAAAUCUUUUGCCUCAUUCGUUGCAAAGUUUAAGCUCUUUAAGAGAAUUAGCUCUUGCAGACUGGAGUUUAACCGAUGAUGCAUUCCCCAAGGAUCUCGGUAGCCUAAUUUCCUUAGAAAGGUUAGAUCUUGCACGCAAUGACUUUUGCAGCCUACCAAGCCUCAGUCGUCUUUCACAGCUUCAAGAUUUGUCUUUAGAUCAGUGCAAAAAUCUUCGUGCAAUCCCAGAUUUACCAACAAAUUUGAAAGUCUUACGAGCAGGUGGCUGCAUUGCAUUGGAAAAAAUGCCAGAUUUUUCAGAAAUGUCAAAUAUAAGAGAAUUGUAUCUAAGUGAUUCGGGCAAACUCACUGAAAUUCCAGGACUGGAUAAGUCAUUAAACUCCAUGACAAGGAUUCAUAUGGAAAAGUGCACUAAUCUCACUGCCGAUUUUAGGAAGAACAUCCUCCAGGGAUGGACUUCUUGCGGAUAUGGUGGCAUUUGUCUCAGUGGAAAUUAUAUUCCUGAUUGGUUCGACUAUGUCCCUGACGAUGAUAUUGUGUAUUUCACUGUGCCUCAAAGUGUUGGUCGUAUUUUGAAAGGGUUAACUUUGUCCUUCGUUUACUCUUCAGCCAUAUACGAGAAUGUUUGCAUUAGCAUUAAAAACAUGACCAAGGGUACUGAGCUUGACGCCAUGAUAUUACACAACGAUUUUUCAACGCCAAUUGAGUAUCUUUGGCAGGGACAGUUAUCAAAUGACGAGUCAACUGAGUAUCUUUGGCAGGGACAGUUAUCAAAUGACGAGCUCAAAUUGCAAGACGGUGACGAAGUCUUGAUUGAAAUAAUAAAAAAAUAUAAUUCGUUGAUGGUGAAGAAAACAGGUGUUAGUCUGGUAUGGGACAAAUUUAUGAACGAAAAUCUGAUUGAUUACCAUCUUUGUCGAUAUGAACGACGCCCAUCUCAAAAUCUGAUCAAUGAUGAUGACACCAUUCGUGUCGAAAAUGAUAAUCGCAUAACAUAUUUACCAGACUUUUCAAAAUUCCCAAAUCUCGAGAAGUUGAUAUUGAAAGGUUGUAAGCGCUUGUAUAAGGUUCACUCAUCCAUCGGGGAUCUUGGAAGACUUUCUUUGGUAAAUCUUGAAGGCUGCCGAAAGCUAAUCCAGUUAUUAUGUCUUGCAGGCUGCUGGUUGUCAACUGAGGAUGCAAUCCCUAAGGAUCUAUGUAGCCUAAUUUCCUUAGAACAUCUGCUUCUCGGAGGCAAUGAUUUUUGUAGCCUUCCAAGUCUCGCUGGUCUUUCAAAACUCAAGGUCUUGUGUUUAAAUGCAUGCAGAAAACUUCGUGCAAUCCCAGAUUUACCAACCAAUUUGUAUGUUCUGAAAGCAAAUGGCUGCCCAAAAUUGGAAACGAUUUCAGAUUUUUCAAAAAUGUUGAAUAUGAGAGAAUUGUAUCUCUGUGAUUCGUUCAAACUCACUGAGGUUCCAGGCUUGGAUAAGUCAUUAAACUCCAUGACAAGGAUUCAUAUGGAAGGCUGCACCAAUCUCACUGCCGAUUUUAGGAACAACAUCAUACAGGGAUGGACUUCUUGCGGAUAUGGUGGCAUUUUUCUCAGUGGAAAUGAUAUUCCUGAUUGGUUCGACUAUGUCCAUGACGAUGAUAUUGUGUAUUUCACUGUGCCUCAAAGUGAUGGUCGUAAUUUGAAAGGGUUAACUUUGUCCUUCGUUUGCUCUUCAGCCAGAUACGACAGAUGUUGCAUUAGCAUUAAAAACAUGACCAAGGGUACUGAGCUUGACGCCUGGAUCAUACCCGAUUGUCGAACUCUGGGUUAUUAUCUUUGGCAGGGACAGAUAUCAAUUGACAAGCUCAAAUUGCAAGACGGUGAUAAUGUCUGGAUUGAAAUAAUAAUAAAAAAUGAUUGGGUUAUGGUGGAGGUGAAGAAAACAGGUGUUAGUCUGGUAUGGGACAAAUUUAUGAACGAAAAUAUGAUUGAUUACUACCUUUGUGCGUAUGAACGACGCCCAUAUCUGGUCAAUGAUGAUUACAUCAUUCAUGUCGAAAAUGAUAAUCGCAUAACAAAAUCACCAGACUUUUCAAAAUUCCCAAAUCUCGAGAAGUUGAUAUUGAAAGGUUGUAUGUGGUUGUAUAAGGUUCACUCAUCCAUCGGGGAUCUUGGAAGACUUUCUUUGUUAAAUCUUGAAGGCUGCUACAACCUAAAGGAUCUCCCGCUGACUUUCUAUAAAUCCAAGUCUAUUGAAACUCUUAUACUGAAUGGUUGUUCAAGUUUUGAAAAGUUGGCUGAUGGCUUAGGGGACAUGGCAUCAUUGACAAUUUUGGAAGCAGAUGACACGUGCAUCAAAUGUGUUGCUUCUGGUGUGCAGAGAUGGACUUCUUGCGGAUUUGGUGGAAUUUAUUUGAAUGGAAUUUAUGAUAUUCCUGAGUGGUUCAAAUUCGUCAAUCAUGUGGACAACAUCGUUUCCUUUGAAGUUCCUCCAAGAAUCAUGGGUAGUGAUUUAAAAGGGUUGACUAUAUGCUUCGUUUACUCUUCAGACAGGCGAAAAUUCUUAACAAUGCCUUAUUGGAGUUAUGGGAAAUUUAAAGAUUCUCAAAAUGGUCUUAUUGGCAUUAUCGUUAGAAAUCUUACCAAACAAACUGCUUUGCACACCAAGAUAGCAAUUGCCUCCUUAAAAACUUGGAAUAGACCUGAAGACCAUUAUCUUUGGCAGGGACAAUUGUUAAACGAUGUGCUCCAUUUGGAAGGCGGUGACCACGUAUCGAUUCUCGUAAGGCCUGAUGAUGUUGAUUUUGUGAGAGUGAAGAAGACAGGGGUUCAUCUAGAAUGGGACAAAGUCAUGAAGGAAAAUAUGGAUAAUCCAGAUCCUCAUUUGUAUGCUUUGGAAACAAAUGGGGAUUUUUCAGGGAGUUGAUGACUCCAUUUCAAGAAACAGAGAGAACAAGGGAAGAAAAUCAAAGAGGAGGAGGAUAGGAUCGUUUGAUUAUGUUUAAACCACUGAGGGCGCUGAUACCAACAUAUUCAGAGAAGUA